GUUGAAUAUCUCACCUCCAUUACUCCUAAAGCGAGACCGAGCCUUCGAAUGUUGAGAGUGAACCUAUUUAAAAUGGCCAUAGCUCCGCAAGCUACCUGCUCUGGAGGCUUUCUUGUGUGAAAUCGUAUCAUUGUACCGAGCCUUCUCGACACGUAAGAGUAGAGGAAAUCCACAGCCAUGACAUUAGACGCACUCCCAAUCAUAGUCAUCAUCGGCGGCGGCGGCAUCGGCCUAGCAACAGCCCACCACCUCGGCGUAGGCCACCACAUCCUCUUCGCGAGCCGCUCCCCGUCCACCAUCUCCGCCGGCGCCGAAUCCCUCAAACAAGCAGGCCACAAAGUCACGACGCAGCAAGUCGACGUGACAUCCUACGAGUCCGUCGCCUCCCUCGCGAAGACGGCCUCGUCCCUCGGCGGCGCCAUCGAGACGGUCGUCCUGACCUCGGCACUUAGUCCAACGAUGGGUUCUGCGGAGAUGAUUCUAGCUGUAGAUGUGGUCGGAACAGCAAACGUGAUUGAAGUCUUUGGGAAAGAAGCCGAGAUGCCGUACGGCUCGUCGGUGGUUUGCGUGGGAAGUAUGGGGCAACACAUGAUUCCGCCUCUCUCACCUGCCCUCGAACGACAUCUUGCGAUCGCCCCGCGGACAUCCCUCCUCGGGAACAAGGAACUUCACGAGCUUAUCGGAGGGGUAAGUGCCACUGCGUACUGCAUCGCCAAGAAGGCGAAUAGUCUGCGCGUUCAAGCGGCUGCUGCAUCGGAGGCGUAUGCGGGAAAGGGUGUGAGGGUGAAUCUUGUUGCGCCAGGUAUGACGGAGACGAAGAUGCUCGCGGCGGAGAUGGAGGGGGAGAGUGGGGCGGGGAUUAGGGAGAUGAUGAAGGCGCAUCCGUUCAAGAGGGCUGCGACGGUGGAGGAAGUUGCUGAUGCUAUUGGGUUUGUCGUGGGGUGUCGCUCGGCCUCCGGCAAGUGA